GAUUGCAAUAUAGAAGUGCUGAAGUUUAAUCCGAAAUAUUGUUUUAAAAACUUAUUUAUUCCGAUCGAAAAGGUUUUUUCUUCAUUUUAAAAGAGGAAUGAGUAGUUUCGACUAUCCUACGACCGGAGAGAGACUGAAUAACGCUCAAAGAGAGCAACUUUUAGACCAGGUCAAGCAGCAAGUCGCUUUGGCGAGCGCUCAGGAACUCAUACAGAAAAUGUCUGAUAAAUGUUUCAAGAAAUGUGUUAACAAGCCUGGUACUUCACUAGAUAGUUCUGAACAGAAAUGUCUUGCAAUGUGUAUGGAUCGAUAUAUGGAUACCUGGAACCUAAUCUCUAGAACAUAUAGUAGCCGUCUACAGAGGGAACAUGGUGCCGGUUCUAGUUUCCAGUAGUAACAACCAGCAUGGUAUAUGGUACCAGCAGCCAGAGUAGAUUACUCUGGCACAAUGUGUACCACCAUGUGCAUGGUGAACUCAAUUGAAUGUUGACAAUUUUCCUACUUUCACUCAUGGAGCAAACUCGGUUGUUCCCAAAAUUGAAUGACAAUUUGCAUUGCUUGUUGAAAAGCGUGUAAAAAACAGUGCUAGUUAAUGUAUUUAGUUAUUUUAAUACCAUUUUUUAUGCUCCUUGUGGUGCAAAAAAUUA